AACAAGCGUUUCUGCCUAUAUUUUAAAUUUGUUUGUUGAUAAACAUUUCACAUAGAGUUUGGCUUUAGUUUAAACUGCCAUUUUUUUACUUUCAAUGAUGGGUUCAGGUUCAAUUGGUGCAUGUUCUUAGAUAGGUAUUCCGGUGACAACUUACCACGGGGCGCUGCUGUAAACAUUUGUUUGUGUAAAACAAAAACUACUAUACCGGUUUUGGUGUAGUUUUCUGUAAUGGGUUUUACUUUUUAUAUUUUAUACAAACCAUCGAGAGUAUUAUUCAUAUUUAAUGAAUAUGAAACAUGGCUAAUACUCACGUCAUACAACGUCGGUAUAUGCCCGACUAGUUUAGAACCCAUACAGGGCCCUUAGUCAUGAGCUGGUUCUUAUAACGCGUCACGAUCCGCACUGAAAGAUUUAAAAGACAGAUAAAGUUUGUAUCAUGUAGAUAAACUAUACGGGUUAUGGACCGUAUGGGUUCGAAACUAGUCGGGCUUACUCCGACUUUGUAUCACGUGAGGUUUUUGCCGUGUUUCAUAAUAAAUUAAUAUAUACUAGUAUUAUAAAGCUGAAGAGUUUGUUUGUUUGUUUGUUUGAACGCGCUAAUCUUAGGAUCUACUGGUCCGAUUUGAAAAAUUCUUUCUGUGUUAGAUAGCCCAUUUAUCGAGGAAGGCUAUAGGCUAUAUAUAAUCCCUGUAUUCCUACGGGAACGGGAACCACGCGGGUAAAACCGCGGCUAAAACCGCAGCUAGUAAAUUAAUAUUUAUAAAAACCGUUUUUAUUUGUCAACGGUUUUUAUUAUUUUGCAGUUUUAUUGCUACUUUGCUAAAACCUUGCAUGUUUAUCUUUUUAUGCUUCUAAGUGGGAUAAGUCGUCCUAUGUGCGAUCGGCGACGUGGUACGGGUGUGCGUGUGCGAGGUCCACGUGGCCCAAGUAGAUCGCCACUGGUGGCAGGACUGGUGGAGGAUGCGGUGGUCGGUGCCAGUCGCGGAGGACCUAGGAAGCGAUGUAGAACACGAGGAGGUCGCGUCAAUACUAGUACCAGGCGACCAGGGCCGAGAACUAUUGACGAGCUUGUGAUCUGCCAUAUCUCGGAAAUGCCGCAAGGCCAGGGUCUCGAGACUCCCCUGCAUCCUAAAACGCGGCGCAGAUCUAUACCAUCAAAACCCGCAAAGCUACCACGGCCAAAGCUAUCACCACCGCCCUCAUCAUCGCUAUCGGAUGGACCAUCACCGGGGCCAUCGUUGUCCGUAAUAUCAAAACCCCCAAAGCUAUCACCACCGCCCACACCAUCGCUAUCGGAUGCACCAUCACCGGGGCCAUCGUCGUCCGUAAUAUCAAAACCUGAAACACCACCACGGCCACGAUCACCACCUUCUUCACUAUCGCUAUUGGAUGAGCCAUCACCGGAGCCACCGACGACUCCUCCGUCCGUAGUGUUUGUGGAAUGUGUGGAUUUUGACUCGAGUUCGAGAUCAAUAUCCGCAUCUCCAUUGAAGCUUCCAUCUUCACGGCAACCACACACUCGUCGCUCUCGGCAAUUGCUAGAUGAGGAAAGCGGCUACUUCACCUUCUAUGGAAGCGACGAUGAUACAGGGGAGAGCGAUAAUGAAGAUGGAAUUGUGGUUCCAGUAAUACCAAGGGUGUUCCGGAGCAUGAUGGAGACACCUUUGGAUGACGAUGAUGCCAAAGACUCAGAGCCCGUUCCUGACACAUCGCCAGCCGUCGGACUCCUCAAAGAUCCUCUGGGUCUCUAUGAUUUCAACUGGAGACCGUUUCCAAAUCCUCCGAUUCCACCAGAAUCGAGGCGGGAAACGUUCUCCGUAAAUAAUGUAGGUCCGACAAACCCAGGUGCCGAUCCCUAUGAUAUUUUCGUUGAAAUAUGGGAUCGACAAAUAAUGGAGCACAUUGCGUGGGAAACAAAUAAAUAUGCUCAGCAGGUGGCAGCCAAGAUGAUCGAAAACAACACUCUGCGCCCCAAUAGCCGCAUAUGUCAGUGGUAUGAUACCACGCCCGACGAAUUAUAUGCUUAUUUCGGCCUCGUUCUGGCGAUGGGUGUUGUAGGUAAGUCGAGGAUCGAAGAAUACUGGAGUUCCACCCCUGACGUAUUUUAUACUCCAGGUUUUAGUGCACACAUGACUAUCGACCGCUUUCUAAUCCUCGGUAAAUGCUUACACUUUAAUGACAAUAGCAUGUGUGCGCUAGACCUGGACCACUCCGAGGCCAGACUAUUUAAAAUACAGCCAAUAUUGUCACAUUUGAACAAUAAAUUUCAGAAAAUGUACACUCUGCGGCAGAACAUUGCUGUUGACGAGAGUCUCUUGAAGUGGAAAGGCUCGCUGGAAAUCAGCCAGAUUAUUCCCAAUAAAGCUGCUCAUCGCGGUAUCAAAACGUAUGAGAUAUGUGAAUCUCAAACCGGUUACCUAUGGCGGUUUGAGGUUCACGCUCAUAAAAGAAAUCAUCAGCCGGCCUCUACAACAGCCUUGGUCUUCAAGUUGAUCGAAGGCUUGGAGCACAAGGGCUACACGCUGUGGAUGGAUAGUUUUUAUCAAUCCCCGUGUCUGGCUCGACAGCUCAAGCUUUUAGGCUUUGACUGUGCGGGAACCCUGCGGACAGAUCGCAAGUUCGUCCCGCAGGCCCUGAACAUCCUCAGCAAGCAGGACAUGCGCCUAGGGGAGAUCACUGGUCUCACCGCAGGGGACGUCGAUGUCAUGGUAUGGAGAGACAUGAAUAAGGUGGGCAUGAUCUCUACAUACUAAACUUUUUAGAAGACUUCUCAACAUCUCCGUAUUGAACUCUUAUAUCAUACAUCAUCACACUUCUACACUGAGUCAUCGGAAUUUCCGUGUAAAUCUUGUAAAUACCAUUCUCGCAAAGCACUGUAAACCUGUGUCGAUUUCGCGUGCACCUGCAACGUGUCGCGUGCACGACAAAAAAGUCGACGUCAGUCAUCGCUUGUUCCGCCAAAAAUGGCGGCGCGUCUGCGCGAACUGUAACAAAAGGGUGAACUCGUUUUGUGUGGGUUGCAACAAAGCCGUAUGUAUGCAUCCAUGUUUUCUCAUUAUCCAUUCCUAAUUUUAUCUAAUUGUUUUUUUUUUUUAUUAAUUGAUAUAAUUUUCAAGUAUCAUAUUAUGUAAUUGUUUGUGUACAAAUUGUGUUAUUUUUGCUCAAAUGUUGCAAUAUCUAUUCAUAAUUAUUGUAUUUUUCAAGUUAAAAUUCUAUGUAAUUGUUCAAUAAGAGAGCAAAGUUCGCUUUUGUUGCAAAUGCUGAGUUUGAAUGCCUCACAAGGCUCAGGAUUCUACAAUUGAAUUAUGUUGAUUCUAAGUUAUUUUAAGAAUCCUUUUCUCCUUUAGUGCCUUUAGUUUUGGUCACCGGGUCAAAACUUGUGACACUAUAAGCAUCAUAUUGAUUCUCUAUUGGCCUUCAACUUUAAAGAUUCAGUUUAAAGUUUUACUUUAAAGUUCUAAUGUUCCUAUUGAUCAGAGUACAAAUACUAGUACUGUUUCAAUUGAUAAUUGUUAUCGAUCCAGUUAAAAGUGUUGUAAUGUAAUUGUUAUGUAGUCUAUUGACAUUGUUGCAUUUUGUAAUUACAAUUCUAAUGUUCCUGGGUUCGAUCCCCGGCUGGGCAGAUUGAGAUCUUCUUAAUUGGUCCAGGUCUGGCUGGUGGAAGGCUUCGGCUUUGGCUAGUUACCAUCCUACCGACAAGGACGUACCGCCAAGCGAUUUAGCGUUCCGGUACGAUGCCGUGUAGAAACCGAAAGGAGUGUGGAUUUUCAUCCUCCUCCUAACAAGUUAGCCCGCUUCCAUCUUAGACUGCAUCAUCACUUACCAUAAGGUGACAAUGUAGUCAAGGGCGAACUUGUAAAGAAAAACAAAAAAAAAUUACAUUUUGUAAUUAUAGUUCAACCACUAUUUCACACGUUUCUAUGAUUAUAUUAGGAAAUGUUUGGAUACUUUGUACAUAUAUUAUUGUAGCUACGAGUAGUUGCGUAUAAUUUUUAAAUGGCCUAUAAGUUAUGGUUUUUUCAUUUUUUUUGUAGGUGAUUUUUUUUCUAAGACUUAUUUAGGUACAUUUCGUAAAACCAUAUAAAACUUAUAAGAAAAUUAAAUAUUUUUUCAUAGUUAUAAUUUUUUUUAUAAAUUACCUAAUGAUGCAAAACACAUCUGAACACGAAAAAAUAGCGGAAAAAACAAAAGCAAUUUUUUAAACUUUGUAAUACGCAAUUGAAGUGAAAAGUUUAAAAAAUAAGUGAUACGAGUGAAAUUUAACUCAGAUAGAAUUAAAACAACAAGUAAUUGACAGUGAAUUGCACUUUACCGGCAAAGUCGAGAAAAAAAUACCUAAAAGCUUAUCUUGUAUUUUUUCGCUAUUGAGGUGAAAAGUUGUAUGUAUCACACGAGAGCAAAGUAUUUGUAGUCUCUUGUGCCUUUGAAUCCCUCAUUACGCUCAGGAUUCUAACCUAGAAUUUCAAUUAUAGGAUCCUUCGCUUGUUCGGGAUUCAAUCUCGGCACUCGACGAACAAAUUCAAACUUUGCUCACUUGUUGAACAAAUAACUAUUAUUAUGUUAAAUAAAAAAACGGUAUUUUAUCGUUAAAAUACCGUUUUUUAGGCAAAUGCCAGGUCAUUUAACAUAAUAAUAGUUAUUUGUUCAACAAGUGAGCAAAGUUUGAAUUGUUUCGCUUCACUAAUACUGUCAGUUGAAAAGUCAUAGGAAUCAUCAUUCGGCGUGCGGCUUAUAGUUAAUUUAUUUUAAUUAUUAUGUUGUUCUUGAAAAUAAAGCAGAUACCGAAAAUUAAAAAAAAAUGUUUUUUUAUUUUUUUAAUUUCGGAGCUCUGAGUUCUUAGUACUUAAAACAAUUAUGAUAAAUAAAAUAAUUAUAAGAAAUACA